GCCCACGCCGUCGCCGGCUCGCCGCCGUCGGCAGUUGAGGCGAGCCCGGCACGACGCCAGUGCGCUGCCGCUAUCUUUGUCCUCCGCCGCUUGCUCGCAUGGGCGGCGCUGUCUCCAUCCGGCCAGCACCGUCUCACGGCGGCGCCGCGUUUGUGGGGGGAAUGGGGAAUGGCCAUUCGCAGCAGGGAGCAGACUGACGAAAUCCCUUCAGAUUGGGGGUCUCUCUUCUUCUAGAGUUCGAUUUCCUCUUUUUAUCAGAAAAUGGUCUUGAGUUUGCCAAUGGAGGAUACCUGGUUUAUAGACGACAGCAUUUUGCAGGGCUUCCAAAUACACUGCCCGCAUAGUUUCAGUUCGAAGGAAAUAAAUACUGAUGCAUGGUGCCUCCCCUGAUUCAGGCUUGCAUACUUGCUAUAUGGAUUUGAGUGGCCUAUAUACAUGCUUGUCGGGGAUAACGAUUAAUCUGCACUUUAUUUGUUGCAGCUAUAUUGCAGUCCUGAUUCUUGAUCAGCAAUACCUUUGUUGCUGUUAGUUCUAUCUCUGAAGUCUGAAGAAGAAUAUUUUCUUUGGGAUGCUAGAUAGCAUGCUUUUCGUUCCAUCAAAUUGAUGUUUCAUUCAGUAGUCUAUAGAAAUAACAGGAACUGCACAGGCACCUUCAAAUGCCCAUUGUAAUGCUGGUGAUUAGUCUCCGUGUGCAGUUUUUUUUUUUCUUUUCAUAUACAAUUCCAUCACAAUCCUAUUACAGGGAAAUGAUGGAGUGUUCUUUGGUGUGCAUUUUCUUUCCUUACAAUGGGUUUAUGUUUGAAUAACUAAAAUCGAGAUGCAUCAUUUAUUUUUCUUAAUUCAUGCUAAGUGUAAACUUUUUUUUCUGUAGCAUUUUCCUGGACUUGUUGCACUAUCAAUUGAAGAAACUAGUGGAGACUGCAAAAUUAUGUUGUAUUAAAUUCAAGUUGGAUUGGCCAUCUGAUUUUUCAUUCUACUGUUCAAAAAACUUGGUUAUUCUUCAAAUGAUCUCCUUGGACCUUGGGGUGACUUGAUGACUUCCCAGUGAGAUUGUAGUAUUGCACUACAUGUAAUCAUAAAAAAUGGUAUGCCGAAAUCUAAAUCAUUCGUCCCAGUGGCUGGUCAUGCUAAUUACCUGCAUAAAGGGUCUUCCCUCUCCGCGAAGCAUGCCUCUAAUGUACUGCGGUCAACGGAUGGCACCUUCUCGUUCGGCUUCUACAACCUUUCAUCCACUGUGUUCACCUUGUCAAUCUGGUUCACCAAUUCAGCUGACAAGACCAUCGCCUGGAGCGCAAAUCAAGACCGCCCUGUGCAUGAGAGCGGGUCGAAAGUCAUGCUGAACAAGGAUGGAAGCAUGGUUCUCACAGACUAUGAUGGCACGGUUGUCUGGCAAAUCAGUAGCUCUGCAGAAGCUGUCCGUGCCGAGCUCAUGGACUCUGGGAACCUUGUGGUGAAGGAUCAAGGUGGAAGCAUCCUAUGGCAAAGCUUUGAUCAUCCAACCAACACUCUGCUCCCGAUGCAGCCUGUUACAGCCACCGCAAAGCUGGUAUCAACUGAUCCCUCACACCCAACAAGUUACUACACUUUACGGUUUGAUGAUCGGUACGUUUUAUCACUUGCUUAUGAUGGACCAGACAUCUUUAACCUCUACUGGCCUAACCCUGACCAGAGUAGCUGGACAAACUAUAGGAUCUCUUACAACCGUAGCAGGAGUGGUGUUCUUGAUAAGCUGGGGAAAUUUAUGGCGAGCGAUAACACAACUUUCUAUGCCUCAGAUUGGGGUUUGGAGAUUAAGAGGAGACUCACGUUGGACUAUGAUGGAAAUCUUCGGCUUUACAGCCUGAAUGAGUCAGAUGGGAGCUGGUACAAUUCUUGGAUGGCUUUCUCCCAACCCUGUGAAAUACACGGCCUUUGUGGUUGGAACGGGAUAUGUGCAUACACACCAAAGAUUGGCUGCUCUUGCCCUCCUGGUUAUGUGGUCAGUGAUCCUGGUGAUUGGAGCAGAGGAUGCAAGCCAGCAUUCAACCUCACUUGCAGCAAUGAUGGCCAGAAAAUGAGCUUUGUGCGCAUUCCUCAGACUGACUUCUGGGGCUUUGAUAUGAACUAUGUCAUGUCAACAUCCCUGCACGCUUGUAGAGCAAUGUGUUUGGCGAGUUGCUCCUGUGUAGCAUUCGUGUACAAAGUGUACCCUAAUGGCUGCUUCUUGAAGUCUGAUCUCUUCAAUGGCAAGACAGUUUCAGGAUACCCUGGUGCAGCAUAUAUCAAGGUUCCUCAGAGCUUUCUGUCCCGGUCACAAGCACAUGUUUCUGAACUUGCCAAUCGCCAUGUUUGCAAUGCAUCAAAAACACAAACGUUCAAUUACGCUACACAGAGCAACAAAGGAACGGGCAUGAUGUGGUACUACUACUACUGUUUCCUGGCUGCAUUCUUUCUUGUGGAGCUCUGCUUCAUUGCUUUUGGCUGGUGGUUCAUGGCAAAAACACACUCAGCACGAUCAGCGAUAUGGGCUGCGGAGGAAGGCUACAGGGUUGUAACAGAUCAUUUCCGUAGGUUUACCUACAAAGAAUUGCGGAGGGCUACUAGGAAUUUCAAAGAUGAGCUUGGCCGUGGGCGAUAUGGCUCUGUGUACAAGGGGAUUCUAGAUGACAAUCGCAUAGUUGCCAUCAAGAAGCUCAAAGAUGUGAAGCAAGGUGAGGCCGAGUUUCAGACAGAGGUAAGUGUGAUUGGAAGCAUCUACCAUAUGAAUCUGGUGAGAGUAAUGGGUGUAUGUUCAGAGGGAAGUCACCGGCUGUUGGUCUAUGAGUAUGUAGAGAACGGUUCAUUGGCCAUGUUCUUGUUUGGUAGCAAGGGACUGUUACAGUGGCAGCAUAGGUACAAGAUUGCAGUUGGUGUGGCCAAAGGGCUAGCUUACCUUCACCAUGAGUGUAUGGAUUGGAUCAUCCAUUGUGACGUAAAGCCUGAGAACAUACUUCUCGACCAGGAUUUCGAGCCCAAAAUCAGCGAUUUCGGGUUCGCGAAGCUGCUACAGAGAAACCAGACUGAUCCCAACAUGUCAAAGAUCCGAGGAACUAGGGGUUACAUCGCUCCGGAAUGGGUUUCUGGUGUUCCCAUAACUGAAAAGGUUGAUGUGUACAGUUACGGAGUGGUGCUUCUGGAGUUAGUCAUGGGGCUUCGAAUGUCUGAGCUACCAGCAAAUGGCAGUGCAGAUGAAGGUGCUGCAUUGAGGCAGUUAGUGUGGACAGUAACAGAGAAGAUUAAAACCGGUGACCAAACAUUGAUCGAUGGUGUUGUUGAUCCUAGAUUGAAUGGCAACUUUGUGCGCUCCGAGGUGCUACUGGUGCUGGAGUUUGCUGUUCUGUGCCUGGAGAAAGAAAGGAACCAAAGACCAAACAUGAAUCAUGUGGUGCAGAAGUUCCUUUCGUAUGAAUGAAUUCGACAAUUUUCCAUGUCCCUGUCGCCUGUUUACCUUAAAUGAAAGCCAUAAUGCAGUUUUAUAAUUUUCGUACUACUUGGAUGCAAUGGAAACAAAUGUUUGAUGUAUCACUCUUGUUCUUGUAUUACACAUUAAUUCAAGAUGAUCCUGUGGUUAGUUGUUUUGAUGAGAUCCUAUAUAUGUCUGUUUCACAGUGUUUUCCCUUUUCACUGGAACCAAUAUAUUUAGCCUUCUAAUGAUCUUUUGGAAUUAUCUCUA